UCGCGUCAAAGAUCGAUGCAAGGAGAAAGCCCCGGACAGACGCAACGCUGCAAGUCCGAACCGAGUUCAGCGUGUGCAAGCGUGAAUGUUUCCGGUUGGAAGCGUUUCAGUAACGGGCCAGCCGUCCAACAGUCAGCAUCGAUCUUCGCGGAGAUCCUAGAUCGCAUCGUCGCAGCGGACAAUCUCACAAGAAAGCCGAUCGAAAAGGAAACUAGAUCAUCGGGGAAGCCAAAAACAGGCAGCAUGCGUAACAAGCUGCUUUUGCUUUGCACGAUCUUCGCCCUGCUCGUGGUUGCGGACGUCCAAGCUGGUCGGUCGAGAGUGAAAUCCGGAUGGGGCUGGGGCUCGCGGGGGUCGAACACGAAAUGGACGACUCCUCGCACCUCGCACAACUCGCAGACCCACAACUCUCACGUCUCGCAGACCCACGUCUCGCAGUCGCAGAGCUCGCAGUCUCACACCCAGGGUCAAGCCGGAUACCCAAAACAGACCGGCUCGAACUCCUCGCCCACGAACAGUCACGCGUCAGGUGGAUAUCCUCAACAGCCAGCAUCGAAUCCCUAUUACACGAACAGCCAGUCGAAUAAGCCUUCGAAUCAGGCCUCGGGACAAGCGUACCCGGGCAGCCAUGGAGCCUACAACCCUCCAGUGGGUCAGAGCUACAACGCUCCGGUGGGUCACGGUUACAAUGGCCCGGUUGGUACCGGUUACAGUAAUCCGGCUGGUACCGGUUACAAUGGUCCGGUUGGUACUGGUUACAAUGGACCGGUGGGAUCCGGUUACAAUGGUCCGGUAGGUGCAGGUUAUAACCCUGGUGGUCUAGGACAUUCACCCUAUGGAGGACACUCUCCCUAUGGUGGACAGCCGCACUACAACAGUCCACCUAUGGGUGGACAGUACCCAAGUUACGGACAACCAUCCUACGGGUCUGCGUUCGGUUCUAUGGGACCUACGCCUCAGCAGACGAUCCUCCUCCAGCAGUCGUCGAAACCAGGCAUUGGGCAGUUAGCAAAGGAAGCGUUCGUUUACGCCGGAGUCAGCGCCGGUGUGAAUGCUGCGGUGAAUCGAUUGAUACCCGGAGGGAUCUAUGGCAAUAGAGGAAGCAGCGCGGGGUCAUCCGGUGUCGUACCACCAGUUUCGCACACCCAAAUCACUUAUAACAAUUACUACAACAAUGGCACCGCUCCAGAAGCAGCCGCUCCGGCAGCCGCUCCUGCAGCCGCUCCUGCAGCCGCCCCUGCAGCUGCCCCUGGAGCUGCACCCACGGCUCAACCUGCGGCCCAACCUGCUGCCGACGCUCCACAGACUCAACAGAACAACCCUGGCACCAACAACGCUUCACCAUCGAAUUCCAACUCCCAGGACUCCACCCAAAACAAUCCUAAUCCGCUGGGAUUCGUUACUUCGAACGAUGACCUCAAGAAGUUAACGGAGAGCUUGUACCAGAAAGAGAAGGACAAUAAUGCUUUCUCGCAAAUAACUGUGAAGUUGCAGGGUCAGAAGAAUGACGACACCACUUCGGACGAUGCACCUGAACCCUUGUUGGAUGUGAAAGUCGAGGCCUACGAUCUUCCGACUGUGAAGGCAGUGCUGGCUCUGCACGAUAACUACGAGCUGGAUGUCAGGAAGAAAGAGGUAGUCACCCCUGAGGAGCGCCACAAGGAGGCAGAACUUCUUGACAAGAUCAUGGAGACCGAGAUCAUGAAGUCUACCAUGAAGUUUUUGGCUGAGAAAGGAUACAUUCCGGACGAUGAGUACGAGUUCAAGGACUCCAUGAAGCGCAUUUGGUUCUCUCAAUUCAAGCGAAUCGACGGAGACCCAUCCAGUUCUGGUUUUGAGACCGUUUUCCUAGCUGAACAGUUCGAUAACGAUAUCCUUGGAUUACACAAUUGGAUCUACUACGCCAAACAGGAAGCUGCGAAGAAGCUCAACUAUCUUGGAUACAUGAAAGAGACCAAGCUGGGCGACAAAGGUGCGAUCAUCAAGCUGCGCUCAAGCCUGAACGGAAUAGUGCAACCGGUCAGCACAUUAUUUGUCGGCACAUCACCCGAAUUAGAAUUUGCUCUGUACACGAUGUGCUUCUUCGCUCGGCCGAACAGCCCCUGUCCAGUUUCACUCGGAGGAACGGAUUUCACGAUCUAUGUGAGCAGAAUCAACUACUUUGGGAAAGACAUUUUGAUUUCCGCAUACCCCGACGUUUAAUUCAGUCAAUCAAAAUUGAAAUGUAUGCAUUAAUUAAGUAGACUUAGUUACUUUUUAGAUCGAAUACGUACGGAAUUGUAGUUUCUGUAUAACAGUGUGCAUAUUAAUAGAUGCCUGCUAUCUUAUAAUGUGAAGAUGAUCUAGGUUUUUCUAUGUGAAUGUGUUUGCGAGGAUUACCUACCUGGGUAACGUUUUCGCUCCGUUUUUCUGACUCUGGCAGCUCUAGUAUAGGCACUAUGGAUGGUCUCCCAUGAGCGCAUCGCGUGGGUAUCUUUGUCUGAUGUAAUAGCGUCAGGAGCCACUUGCAUUGUUGUAGUGUCAGUGGAUCUCCAAAUUUGAUGGCUCCUAAAAUACUCUGAACAUUAGAUGAUAGUAAAUACUGCGAUGCAUUCGAACGAAUGAGAUUAUUCUUGUAUCGAUGUUUACUACUAAAAAAUAUACUUUAAGAAUUUCCAUUUUAAA